UGUCAUAGCUACUGAUGACCGACGUCGUGAAUAGGACGAACGGGUUGCUAGGCAGCUAGUUGUAGAACAUGACAGCAGGCUAACUGCGAGCGGCUAAAAAUAUUCUCCUGAGGCGGACACAGCUGACUGUCAGAGGGGAGACCAUGGCAGUACCGUUGUAAAUAGUGAGGCAUUAUGGGCAAUACAAGUGACCGGGUGGCUGGAGAUCGCCAUGGAGUCAAGGCCCACCGCUCAGACAGCAGUGGCAGUCAGAAAGACCAUGAACCCAGCAGCAAGAUGGUGGACAGCACAGAUGACCCCAACAUCUUCAACACCCAUGGGCCAGAGUCCAAGGUUUUGGGAGACAAAGAAUUCACCCCAGAUUUAGAUGACUUGGUAAAAACUGGUCCUCAAGCUCGACCCACAGUCAUCCGCUGGGCCGGAGGGGGAAAAGAGGUCUACAUAGCUGGUUCCUUUAAUAACUGGAGCACAAAGAUACCACUAAACAAGAGCCAUAAUGACUUCGUAGCGAUCCUGGACCUGCCAGAGGGAGAGCACCAGUACAAGUUUUUUGUAGAUGGACAGUGGGUCCACGAUGCAUCAGAGCCAGUUGUAACCAGCCAGCUCGGCACCAUCAACAACUUGAUCCAGGUGAAGAAGUCAGACUUUGAGGUGUUUGACGCUCUGCAGGUUGACUCUCUCGAGUGCUCAGACACAUCAGAUCUGUCCAGCUCCCCUCCAGGUCCAUAUGGGCAGGAGCAGUACAUCUUCAGACCUGAGGAGCAUUUCAAAGCCCCACCUAUACUCCCCCCUCACCUCCUUCAAGUCAUUCUCAACAAGGACACCAAUAUAUCCUGUGACCCAGCUCUGCUACCUGAACCCAACCAUGUCAUGCUAAACCACCUUUACGCUCUCUCGAUAAAGGAUGGAGUGAUGGUGCUAAGUGCGACUCACAGGUACAAGAAGAAAUACGUCACCUCUCUGCUUUACAAGCCCAUCUAAGCCUCGACUUCUACACAGUGCUUUUUAGAGAGCAGCAUGUUUGCAUUCUGCUGAUUAAUCUUUUUUUUUUUUUUUGGUAUCAUCACGUUUAGCCAAAUCUUGCACUGAAACAAGUUUACAGGCGAGCUAAAAGGCCAGUGGCUGUUACUGUGGCUUGGUUUUUUCAAAGGUUGCACUUCUGUCUACAUAGGGCUCUGAACAAAAGUAGUGAAGUGUGAGUGGAAGGUGUCGGAAGGAGAUGAGACCCAUACUUUUUUUUCUUCUUCUUUUUUUUAAACCUGUGACAUCUGCAGACAGAUAAGAGACUAACUAAUUCACUGUGUGUAUUCAAGUGUUUGCUGCACCCUGUGAAUAUAUGCAUGUCUGUGUGGAAAACAUAAUUCUCUCUUGAAAGUGACUGAUGUGGAUCAACGGUUUGAUGUUUUGUGUCAUCAUGUCCUUUAACUGGUUGAAUUAAGUUUUUAACUAAUUGACGUGACGACAUUAAUAGUAAGAGCGUGCAGAAUAAGAUAAUGACUUAACCUGGCCUAAAGUUAGAGAGCAGCAGACUUAGCAUUGCUUGAACAUGAAGUGCAAUAACCUGCCGUGAAAGAGAAUCAAGACGGACUCACAAACAUGAGGCAGCAGUUAACAACAUCUUAUUUUGUCAGUAAGUAUAUGUUACGUUGAAUUUCUCACAGUUCAGCCAUUAUUCAGUGGAAUCCACAACAUAGACUAAACAAGUCCAAGAUUGCAGUUUUGUUAAUGAAAUGGUCACGAAAGAUGGAGUGCUUGUAUGUUUCAGUCCACUCCCCAGAAGGGGGAAGGUGGUUAAAGGUCUAUGUUUCAUUCUGCUGUUGCCUUUAUCUUGAAUUUUGUGAGCACUUUAGCGUCCUGUGAGCAGGAGUUUUGAUAUAAGCUUUUAACUAUGCAGCAGACAACUCUUGUACUGUAACUUCUCUAGGCUAUAGAACCCAAUUGUGCUUUUCUUUUCUUUCUUUUUUUUUUUUUUUUAAAUAUGAUGAACUUGCAGUGCUUUAAAUAUGUGUGUGUAUCUAUAUUGAGUUCUAUUUAUCAAAUAAGAAUGUUCUGUUACAUGUACAAUGAUACACAAAAGGCUCGUACACCCAAACAGUUUCAACUUGCUGCUUUGCAUGUCUUGAAUGUCUGCAACUUGUGAGGAUGUGACACAUUUACUGAGUGUGGUAUCCAUUCAGAAGCAGAUCGACCGCACACACCUCAAGAUGUGAUCGGAGGCACAUUUUCAGAUUAAUGUAAUGAAUUUACAGGGCUAUGAGGAUACAUAGUUACAUUAAAUUGUACAAAGUUUGCUCAUGUGUGUUAUUUACAGUAUAAACAUUUAACAUAAUCUGUUUUUUGAGGUAUGGUGUGUCUUUGAAAGUUAUUUUUGUGCUGUUUAAGUGUCUGUACGGUGCAAUAUAAACCCACAGUUGAUACACUCUACAGACUGAUAAAAGGGGCUUUCAUAAUACCUGUUGGUGUUCAACUAGAUGUGCUGAAAGUACUUCGUGAAUGUCAAGCCUAGCCAUUAUGUUUUGUCCAAAGAGUUUUUAAGACAUACAGAUAUAAUAAGGGAGAAUGGACAAAGUGUGUGUACGCCACGUGGUGUUUUAUGGUUUAAAUCAAAACUUGAAUUUUACAACGGUUUCAUGAAUGUUUUAAAAUGCUUUGCAGAACCAGUGUGAUGAUUCACUGUACAAGGUUUUACUUGUUUGCAAAUAAAGAGAGGACACACUCGUCCUAA